UGUUCCCUCUCCUCUCUUAGCUUCUCUUUCUGUCGUCUCAUCGCGCUUCAUUUUCUACACAACUUUCUUAGUAUCAUCAUAUCAAGCAGAUCAGCAAUGAUUUGCCCGCUGCCUCGUCCUCUAUACUAUUAUUAUCGUAUAUUUAGUGCUUAAGGAAGUUUGCAGCUCGAAGAUGAUGGCAGUCAGUAUGUGUAAGUACGCUCGAAGAUCGAUCCAUGUAGGAGGUGGAAAGAAAUAGUGAACACUAUUUCAUCAUGUUGGCAUAUGGGUGCAGAAGCUUGAUGAGAUGAUAUGACAGAAUCAACCAUGAGGCCAACAUACAGAAUCGGGCACAUGUCUACGUGCCUUUGACAAUUGAAUUCCAACCAUAGUAUCUUGCAAUUUUGGAUCUUCCACCCAUGGCAGCCAUCCUCUUAUCUUCACCAAAAGAGCCAAGAAAAUAUUCUACUUUCUGUCAUUAAAGAUGUAUAGUGAAUGAGAUCUGCAUCAUCAAUUGAUUCUUGGAUUCAAGAUUUCAUGGCUGCCAUUCUAUGGAACUCAUUGGGAUGAGCAGAUCUUUUUGUUCCUUGCUUAGGAGGAGGAGGAGGAGGAGGAGGAUAUCAACCAACUUUGAGUGCCAGGAUCCUCAUCUCCAUCAUUGGGUUUCCCCAGCGAGAUAGCAGAUUCAUCACAUUCUUAUCUCUUUACAUGCACUUUCUUGUCAUUAAGGAUGUUCUCUUCCACUGGAUUCUUUCACCCACGCCAAUCUUAUCCAUGAUAAUGGGUUUCUGGCCAUGCAAUGUUCGUCUCCUUCCUUGGGUAGUCAUGGCUUUUCUAAUGACUAUGAAGCAGAAAAGAAGAGAGAGAGAGAGAGAGAGAGAGAGAGAGAGAGAGAGAGAGAGAGAGAGAGAGAGAGAGAGAGAGGAGUGCAGAAGAUGGCAUGACAAUUCAAAGGAGCAGCUUUUUCUUUUGUGUUUCUUCUUCUGCUAUUUUUGUGGCUUAUUUUCUCUUCUUUUUCGUUCCACCAGUUGUGACUCCUCAGAACUCUGAUUCCCUUGGAUUUCCUAGAGCGAGUGAGUAGGCAGUGCACACUCGUUUCCCUCCUAGAGAAAGUCUAAAGUUCCUCCAGGCAUUGAUCUCUUAAAAGUAGACAUCGGAAAAGAAACUCCAAAUCCAUAAACAAAAGAAAAAGUAGAUCCCAAAAGUAGACCCAUCCCUGUCCAAGAAACAAAGGAGAGACCGACCCAUCAUCUUUUGUUGAUGGGCCACUCGCCUUCUGCAGCUACUCUUCUUCCCAAGGUUGUUAAUCUGUCUCCUCCAUGCAUGUAUUUCCAUCUCUCCUCCUAUUGCUUCUUCUUGUCUGAUCUCUUCAUCUCUCCAAAUACUUGCUCUCCCAUCAGUAUGCUUCACCUUCAUGAAGGAAGAACCACUAAUGGUGCAACACCUCGGCCACAAUUGAUGCUUUUGGUGAGUGUCCCCGGCAACAGCUUGUUCAGCAUUGUAGCAGUGCGAUGCGGGCAUUGUUGUAAUCUGCUGUCUGUGAACAUGGGAGACCUGCUUCAGAAACUCCCUCUUCAAGAUCUCCAGACCUGCAACGCAGCAGCAGCUCAUGAUGGCAGGACGAUGGCAUGUGGAUCACCUUCCAAGUUCAACAGCACUUCCUUAUUCUACAGUGUGCCAAAGGAUCAACAACAAAUUAUGCUGCCUAUGCGUCCAGCUCCGGAGAAGAGACAUCGCGUGCCGUCUGCAUAUAACAGGUUCAUAAAGGAGGAAAUACAAAGGAUUAAGGCUAACAAUCCAGACAUCAGCCACAGAGAAGCAUUCAGCACCGCGGCAAAGAAUUGGGCACACUUCCCUCACAUCCAUUUUGGACUCACCAUUGAUGGCAGUAAGCAAGCCAAGAAUGAUGAACCAGUUGCUGCUACAGUCAGUGCACCGGGAGGCCAAAAAGCUCAGAGCUUCUUCUGAGUAUUAUUAAUCCGAAGAGUGAGUAUGCUGCAGUAAUUAAACUUGCAGUCUUCAGGUGGCUAUGAAGACCAUCUUAAUUACCUUUGUUUUGUGGAUGCUUAAACAUAAUAGAAAGAACUCCUAAGCACUCUGGCUAUUAUUUACUGCUCA